UCCAUGUUGGACCAGAGUGUUGCACCUGUCAGAGGGGGCGGAGUCAUGAUGUCACCUGUGUGAUCUAUAGUUGCCUCUUCACAGUUUCGUCUUUCAGCGCAGGAAACCGAACCCACACGGACCAACAUGGCGUCCUGGCGUGUAGCAGUGUGUUUACAAUGAAGAGCAGCGGCCGCGGGACGGUUUCCUCCGAACACUUCUUACUUUUUAGCGGAUUUUCAGUCGCCGACGGGACAAAGAGACGAGCCACCGCGGAAGGAUAAAGAUCAGCGAGAUGAGUCCCACGAUAGUGACGGUGCUGCUGCUGCUGGGUUACCUGCCGACAGAGCUGCUGUCCAUCCAGGUGAUCGUUCCAGAGACGGAGAGGAGCACGACUCUGUUUGCUUCUAUAAUUCUGCGCUGUGACUAUUCAACCUCAGCGAACCCUCAGGAUGUUCUGGUCACCUGGAGAUACAAGUCCUUCUGUAAAGACCCGGUGCUGGAGUACUACUCCACAGGUUAUCAGGCAUCUCUGCAGCUCGGUCAGGAUCCGUCCAACGACUGCCCGGACCGCCAGCGCACAGUCCGCACAGUGAUCCAGAAGAGAGGCCUGAAUGAGCCCAUCCUGGGUGCUGACUACAGAGAGAGAAGAAUCACCAUUCAAAACAAGGCUGACUUGGUCAUGAGUGAGGUGAUGUGGUGGGACAACGGUGUGUAUUUCUGCAACAUCGAUGCUACUGGUGACACGGCGGGGGACUCGGAUAAGGAAGUGAAGCUCAUCGUUUACCACUGGCUGACGGUCCUGCUCAUCAUCAUCGGCGCUCUCCUGCUCAUCAUGCUGUUCUGCAUAUGUUGCUGUCAGUGCUGUCCACAGAAGUGCUGCUGCUACGUCCGCUGCCCGUGUUGUCCGCAGACAUGUUGCUGCCCGGAAAAGGCUGUGAUGCAGCACAGGAUGAUCCGAGAUGCUCAGAAAGCCAUGGCUCCUUGGAUGAACGGGCAACCCAUCUACGCUCCCAUCAGCUCAAAUCCCUCCACACAGGGCGUCCCCAUUCUGUACUCAGGGUCAUUCGCAGACUAUCCUUCCAAACAAAACUUUGCCAUGGCUCCCAUGCAGCAGAUGGCUCCCAUGCAGCAGAUGGCUCCCAUGCAGCAGAUGGCUCCCAUGCAGCACCAGCCCGCUCCACCACCUGUACACCACAUGAAUGGCAGCGUGCACAGCAGCGUUCAUGGUGCCAACCAGGUGUUGGACUACCUGGAGAACCAGGUGAGGGGGCUGGACACAGUGGCACCUCAAACGGGUCCGUACGCAGUCCAGCAAAGGCCUCCAUUACAACAUUAUCCUCAGCUACAGCGCCAGUCACCUCCUCCAGCAGUUCCAUACACACCCGGGCCUCCGAGUAUGUUGUCAGCCCUGGAUGAUAUGGGAGUGAGAGGGGUGGAGAGAAGGGUCAUCACUCUGCCUCCUAUAAUCCAGCGUGUACCCAGCUUUACCUCUCAGAGGGGGCCUGGUGGUGGAGACGGAGCCCGGGGUGUCCCCAGAUUUGUUAGUCAGUCCAGUGGGAGUACAAAUUACUCUGGAGGAGGUGCCCACCGCGACAGACGUACGUAUAGAGACAGAGACGUAUCCAUACCCAGGCGAGGAAUCUUACGGGAUUACAGCGACGACUCCGAUUGGGAUAACAGGCGAGAAAGAGCGCCCCACAGUGGUUCGAGAAAUGAGAGUCGAGGCCGGGCCAAGAGGAGAGGAGGCGGGUCCAGACCGAGAACCCGAAGUCGUGAUGAUCUGCUGGAGGAGCUGCACAGCAGAGCAACUCGAAGGGAGAGGAGCUAUUCACCUCCUCAGCGCCGCAAAGCUUCCUGGAGCUCCGACGACGAGGACAGCAGGGGACGGAGAGGAGGAAAAGGGAAGGAUUGGCCAGAGAAGCCUCCCAGCUACUCCUCCAUUGAGAUCGAACCAGGAAACAGCAGCGACCGGAGGAACUACCACCGCCUUUCUGAUAGAAGCUCCCGUAGCGCCAUGAGCGUAGUCAUCUAAAGCAUUUCCGUCUAGUUUGACCCUUUCCUGAAUGUUUCCAGAACGGUGAGACAUGAAGACAAACAGAAAGGUACCUUCAUGAGUUCAAUGAGUGUGCAUGGAUGUAGUUUGUGGUUUGUUCCGUUGAGUUGUGAAAAUGUAUUGCAUGAAUAAACUUUCUUACUGUGUAUGUGGUAAAAAUAUGAUUCUUAAAGAUGAAGAAAAAGUUCAUUUGAGGCUUUGAAAACCUGAAGUAAUAUUAAGCCUGGUGUCAUGUUAUAAUUACUGUGUGUGAUUCGUGUCCUUGUAUUAAGUAGUUAUGUGUUUGUUUCACUGCUGUUGGUGGAUAAAUGUUUCCUCCUGUUGUUUGUGAAGUAAACACAGUUUUAACAAACAGAUGGACACUGUGACAUUCUGUUUGUUAUUUAGGUUUCAUGAAGAGGCUAUGAGAGUUUUUCAGACACAUAUGAUGUGUAUUUGUUUUUUUACAAAAUUUCUUGUACUAUUUAAAGUGUCUUUUUUUAAAUCUUUAUCAGUAGUAACAUUAUUUGACUGUAACAGCAAAGGGAAAUACUCUAUGUGGACAUUUGUAGUAAGGUGGACAGUUAGUGGACACUUUGACACCAAAAUAUAGUUAUGAUUUUUAUCUUUGUUACAAACAUGAACAGAGAUGCAUCGUCCUAAAUGUGUAUGUUUUUAAUAAACAUUUUUAGAUACAG